GUCCCGCCUUCUCUCUCCGCCUCGAAGCAGCGGCGCGCUGAGCGGCCGACGCUAACAUGGUUGUUGCUGCGUGGGCAUGGUGUCCCGCGCCCUUGCGCGUGUCUUUCCUGCUGCUGCUUCUGCGGCUCCAGGGGCUGCUGGCGGGCUCCUGGGACCCGGCUGGUUACCUGCUCUACUGCCCAUGCAUGGGGCGCUUUGGAAAUCAGGCUGAUCACUUCUUGGGCUCCUUGGCAUUUGCAAAGCUGUUGAACCGCACCCUGGCUGUACCUCCUUGGAUUGAAUACCAGCACCAUAAACCUCCAUUCACCAAUCUUCAUGUAUCCUACCAGAAGUACUUCAAGCUUGAGCCACUCCAGGCCUACCAUCGGGUCAUCAGUCUGGAGGCCUUCAUGGAGAAACUGGCACCCACACAUUGGCCCCCUGAGAAGCGGGUAGCAUACUGCUUUGAGGUGGCAGCCCAGCGAAGCCCUGAUAAGAAAACGUGCCCAAUGAAGGAAGGAAAUCCCUUUGGCCCAUUUUGGGAUCAGUUUCAUGUGAGUUUCAACAAGUCAGAGCUUUUUGCAGGCAUUUCCUUCAGCACCGCCUACAAAGACCAGUGGAUCCAGAGAUUUCCUCCAAAGGAACACCCAGUGCUUGCCCUGCCAGGGGCCCCAGCCCAGUUCCCUGUCCUUGAGGAGCAUAGACCUCUCCAGAAGUACAUGGUAUGGUCGGAUGAGAUGGUGAGGAUGGGAGAGGCCCAGAUUCAUGCCCACCUCAUCCGGCCGUAUGUGGGCAUUCACCUGCGCAUUGGCUCUGACUGGAAGAACGCCUGUGCCAUGCUGAAGGAUGGGACAGCAGGCUCACACUUCAUGGCCUCUCCACAGUGUGUGGGCUAUAGCCGCAGCACAGCCGCCCCUCUCACUCUGACUAUGUGCCUCCCUGACCUGAAGGAAAUCAGACGGGCUGUGAAGCUCUGGGUGAAGGCGCUGAAUGCUCAGUCAGUCUACAUUGCCACAGAUUCUGAGAGUUACCUGCCUGAGAUCCAGCAACUCUUCAAAGGGAAGGUGAAGGUGGUGAGCCUGAAGCCUGAAGUGGCCCAGAUCGACCUAUACAUCCUCGGCCAAGCUGACCACUUUAUUGGCAACUGUGUGUCCUCCUUCACUGCCUUCGUGAAGCGGGAACGGGAUCUCCAGGGGAAGCUGUCCUCUUUCUUUGGCAUGGACAACCCCCCUCAUUUGCGAGAUGAGUUCUGAACCUGACUGGAGCACGUACCUGUCUGAGCUGGUCGCUCUAGCUAGGUCUGGCAGCCAAAGAUGCUCUCAGGAUUGAUUCUCCAAGGACUAGGUUCCUCUUUAUUACCUGCUAGAGCCAAAGAAAAGUACCAAGGAUUUUAUGGAAAAGGAAGAUGAUCCAUGUCUCAGGGCAUAGGACUUGUAAAUUCCUGGAGCCAGAGCAUCUCUCCUCCCUAUGUGCUUCCUCACACAUGGGAAUUUCCCGCAUCAGCAAAGCAAACUGACUUCUGUCUUUUGGUCUGCCCUGCUCAGAGUAGCCUGGAACACUGAACUCUCUUCAGAAAAGUUUUAUAUAUUAUUAUUAUUUUUAUAUAAGACAUCAUCACCCUAGAACUUACUCAUGUAAAAAAAAAUCAGUGAAGUCUAUUAACAAGCACCUAAAGUGACCUUACUGAAUAUAGAUAAGACCAGGGACCAUGUGGAGAGACUGACCACUUUUGCAGAUAACCCCUCAAAGUGGCUCUCAAAACUCACCCCUGCUACCUGGCCAGAGCUAUUAUUAACCCUCUUUUUUAAGUCACUUUCAGGAUUUGAGACACUAAUGCUUUCCCACUACAACACUAUACAAACAAAAGUUAUCAGUCAUUAUACAGUUAUCAGUCAUUAUACAGUAUACCACAGAUAGCUAAAUGCUGCUUACUCAGCAAGGAGCAUAUGCUAUCAAUACAGCCAGAUUAUUAUAGGAUAGUUCUUUUUUUUUUUUUUUUAUCUUUUUCUUUUUUUUUAACUGGAGCAAGGCUCUACUCUAUGGUAGUGCGAGGGAUUGAACCUGGGACUUUGGAACCUCAGGUAUGAGAGCCUCUUUGCAUAACCAUUAGGCUAUCUACCCCUCCCCUCAGAGCAUGGUUGUCAGAUUCUCUUGAUAGUUUGUGGCCUGCCACAAACUUGGCACCAUCAAGGUCUCAUAACACAUCACUAGGGGCCAAUGAGCCUGGCAGAAUCUUUCUAGGCUGCCCUCUCCUUUUUUCAUCUCUUGUUCUGAGAAGGCUGAUGACACAAUUUUGCCAUUAAGUUGACAUCUAGUUCCUGCUCUUCCAGCCUCCUUUCUGCAACUAAAGCCCUCAUCUCAUAAUCUCACAAGGAAAUUUUUGAUAACCACUGACCAGAUUGAAGGUGUGUAGGACCUGGGAGUCAUUAGACUUCCCAUUUGGAGAAGUCUCUGUCAAUCUUAUACUGUUAUACUUGUGUGUGUUUGUUGUUCUUUUUUUUUUUUUUUUUUUUGCUUUGUGUUUUUUCUCAGGUGCUCCAGUUUUAGUAAUCAUUAACUCCUGAAAGCAUGUGAAUUUUUUGGCCAUGUGGUUCUAAAAUUCAUGUCGCAUCUGCUGUUCUCCUCUAUGCCAUAAAACUUCCUUCAGCUUUCAUUCCUGGGAAGGUCAAGGAGGUUGAUGAAAGCCAUGCCCAGAGCUCCAGGCAGGAGCUUUUCCCUUGAUUCACUUUAUGGAAUAGUUUUUGUGUCAGGUCAGACCCCAUCAGAGGUUGUAGGACACCUGCAGAUCUUAGCCAUCAAGGCUGGAGUUCGCUGCUUAGAGCUGCUGCCUACAUCUAAGUAAGACAGUAAAGAAAGGGCUUUUGUGUUUUCCCAUUCAGGGAAAGUAAAAUGUUUUCUUCGAUCCUGGGAGGACUCUGAGAAGUAGUUUAUUUCUCCAAACUUAUUUGCAAACCUCAGUUAGAAACAUAGGAGGUUAUACACCCCUGUGCCAGCUUGGCUAUUGAGACUGUGUGGUUUCCUGAUUGCUCUCAUUUGUUGGAUUCAUUUGAGGUUCAUAGCCUCAAAUGGACUCUAAUGAACCAUCCAAAUCAUCUUGAUUAGUGUUGGCAAUAAUAAUAGCUUAUAUUUCUGAAAGAGAGGGCACUGGAGUUCUAGUCAGCUUCAGUUGUGUUCUGUAGACAAGCACUUUGUUUCUCUUUGACCCAAUUUCCUCAUCCAUAAAGUGGUGAUAAAGCCAAGAGGGUUGUUUAAAAGGCUUAAAUCAGAUAAAGCACAUAUAAGAGCACAUUGUAAAUUUGAAAGAGACAAAGACAUAUAUGUGGUUGUUGAUUAAUUUGACUGCCCCUUGUCUCACACCUGUUCUGUGCCAGGCACUGUGCUUCUUAAGUCCUUCAGAAGCACUUUCUAAUUUAGUCCCCAUCUUAGCUCUGGGAAAUAGGUACUAUUGAUAUUUCCUUUCUUUGCACAAAGAAAAAUUAAUGGCUCAGAAAAUUCUCAUCGAUUUCCCAAGGCCAUAUAGCUGCUGGUGGUAAGCUAGAAUUUCACUUUCCAAAGCCAGUAGUGUGGGGUCAAGUGGUGGCACACCUGGCUGAGUGCACAUGCUACAAUGCACAAGGAACCAGGUUCGAGCCCCCAGUCACCAUCUGUAGGGGAAAAGCUUCGUGAGUGGUGAAGCAGUGCUGCAGGUGUCUCUCUUGUCUCUCUCCCUCUUUAUCACCCCCUUCCCUCUCAAUUUCUGGCUGUCUCUAUCCAAAAAAUAAAAAGAUAAUUUAAAAAAAAAAAAAAGCCAGUACUGCUAACCACUGUGCUCUACUGUCCAUAAUUCACAAAAUACACUAUUAAGCUGUAUGUGUCAUAGAAGUCUCAAUAGGAAAAAGAUCAGCCGCUAGGUUCCCACUGUAGGUCUGUCAUUUCCAGGAGGUUUCAGGGAGGGGGAGAUAACCCAAGAAACAGAAAGCCUGCAUGAGGCUUACGUCUCUCUAGGAUGAUUAUUUAGUUAAGUAUUCUCUAAUUCAUCAGGCACUUAUUGAUGACCUACUAUGUGCCAGACUGCAGGAAAUCAGACCUAAAGUCUUUGUUCUCUAGGAUAUUUGCAUCCUACUAAGUAGCACACAUAAUAGACAAAUGUGUUGUGGGAGGUGUUGAUAAGUAUAAUGGGGAAGAAAAUAACACUGAGUCGGGGUGCAGAGAGGCAAGCAGUCUUAAUCUAGGAGGCUCGGGGCAGUGUCUCUAAAGAUCUUCUGUGAAGGAAGAAAAAGGAGCACAUUCUGAGUCUGGAGGCAGCUCACCCACCACAGAGGAAACAGUGAAUGCUGAAACUGGGGCCAUGCUUGAAGGAAUAGCAAGGAGGCCAGCAAGGCUGGAGUGGCGAGAGCAGGGCAGGUGACCUGGAGUACAGCAGUAAAGUCAAAACUGAGUUCUUUGGAGAGAUUGCAUCUGCUUAACUGACAGAUCAUGAUUUUUUUUUUUUUUACUUUUAUUUUUGAAGGAUCUCUGUGACUGUCAAUUGAAGAAGAGAUGGGAGGGUAGAAACAGGUUCAGGUGAGAGGCAGUGGAACUCAGGCAAAAGAUUUUUCACUGAAGAUGAUAGAGGGCAGAUUCUGGCUAUAUAAAGUUAUUUUUUAAACAGUCUUUUUAAAAAAAGAUGUCUUUUUUUUUUUAAAUCAUGCAAUGUAGACAGUUUAAUGUCCUAGUUUUUACUUAACCAUGUAUCAUAUUUUCUAUGUUGGUACAUAACUGAAUAAACAUUUUUAAUGACAUAACAUUUCA